AUGAUGUUGUUGGUUUCUUUGGCUGUUCUGCUCGUCCUUGCCCAACUGUCAAAUGCACAGUCGCCCGCUUGGGGACAAUGUGGCGGUAUAGGAUGGUCGGGACCCACCACCUGUGUAUCAGGUUCUACGUGCAGUGUUGUCAACCCUUAUUACUCCCAGUGUACACCUGGAAGUGGAACCCCCACCUCCACUUCUGGUGGCUCUAAUCCCCCUCCCACGACCACUACUAGUACGGGACCCCAACCUACCGGUUCUCAGAUUCGUGCGGUUCAGGAUCCUGUCUUCCAUUUAUAUCUUCAGAACAACAACGGAACUGCGGUGUUGGGCCCCGAGUCGUCGUCCGGCUAUUUCGCUAUUGGUAGUAGCAUCAAACUGAAUACCGACUCCGGCUCUCCCCUGUAUCUGAAUGCCAACACUGCAAGUUCGACAUCAUACAAAGCACUGACUUUUGGUGCGACUGCGACGACCACGAACUGGGGAUUGGAGGGAGACACCAUUAUCAUUACGUCUCCAAGACAGCUCAACUUCAUCGCGUGCAAGGCUGGAAGCUCUUCGUUGUACAGUGUGUUUUUGCAGACGGGGAACGAUGCACCGAGCGGGCAGACUUGUACAUCCAUAAUAACGCUGCAUCUUCCAUGCUUGUGUUAG